AUGCUAGUCAAUAUAAUAUGCUUAGAUUAGAUACAUUGAAUUUAAUUUGGGCGGAAGUUUAUUCUGGAAUAAUGGCACCAGCUAUACCUAGAGGUUAUAGUGCUACACUCUUAAAUGAUACUUCUAUAUUAUAUAUUGGAGGUUGUAUAAAUAUAAGAACUAUAAACCCAAUAUUUACAUAUAAUUCAUUGGAUAAGUUACCAUUAUACAAUAUGAAUGAUAAUACUUGGGGUGUGGUCUUUACAUCAGGAAACAUCCCAUUGCCAAGAUGUGAUCACGGAACAGUUUUUAUACUACUUUAUGGGUCAACUACCUCAAUUAUUGCACUCGACACAUUGAAAUUUGCAUGGUCGUUUUCUACAAUUUCAAAUGAUGGUGGUCCUCUAUCUAGCCUAUAUGGCUUUGCUUCACUUCUAGUUGGUGCUUAUAUUUUUAUUGGAUUUGGAAGAAUUGAUGAUACCAAUGAUAAUCUCCAAUUCAUUUCACCAACCCAAACUCCAACUACUACUGAAACGCCAUCCUCCUCAACUAGUAACGUUGGUGCAAUUAUUGGAGGCACUUUUGGUGGAAUUGCGGGUCUCAUAAUUUUAAUAACCAUUGCGAUUCUUAUUGUUAAAAACUAUGACCGUUCUCAUGAUUCCAAAAAUAUAUUAAAAAUACCAGACGAUCGAAU